AUGAAAUCAAAAAAGCCGAAGGUGACAUUCCAACAGCUGGCUAAAUAUGAAAAAGAAAAGGCCGACAAAGGUUCUAAUCGGCCUAAUUAUUUCAGGCAUACUAAAUCUUUUUCUAGGCGAUAUUUUGAUGAUUACAAGAAUUUGCAAGAAAAUGAGUACACACAAAUGCCAUAUUUUCCAAUGGAGUAUAUGUACCGGGAAUGUCCACCUAAUAUGCCAAUGUCAUAUCCAUCACGUGGGUUUAACUACCAUAAUCCGGACUUCACAGAAAAUGUGCAUCUCCUCCAUCAUGGUUGGCAACCUGCAGGGCAGCUGUUUGGGCAGCAAGUACACAGGAAGAGGAGCUUGUUACAGCAGCAAGGCACUGGACGGUUUUCAGAUCAAGGUUACCGGCCAAGAGACACAAUAUUUGUUCAUGAUGGAGAAGAGAUUCUGGUCAGUGAAUCUUUUAGUUCAUGCAGUGAUAUUGCUAUUAGAAAUCCAGAAAUGAGCAAUCAUAUUCUGGGUGCUAGGAGGACGUCGCCUAGGCAUGAUGCCGAUCACGGAGUAUCUAGUGCUGAUGGGCUGCCCAAGUGGAAUGCUGAUGGGCUGAUUUGA